AUGAGUAUGAGGGGAAUGGUACAAGUUGCUGCUAUGGGACAAGUUUCUGAUGUAUCUUGUGUUUAUUGUGGAGAUGGGUAUGCAAUUGAGAGUUAUCCUUCGAAUCCCGCUUCAGUUUGUUAUGUGGGGAAUCAAAAUGCCAACGAAAAUAAUCCACAUUCGAACUCUUAUAAUCCGGGGUGGAGGCAGCAUCCAAACUUCUCAUGGGGGGGUCAAGGAGCUAGUUCAAGCGGAGCACCAAUGAAAAAUAAGCAUACAUAUCCACCGAGGUUUUCUCAACAGCAAUCAAGAGCUCAACCACCUCCUCCUCAAGUGUCUCAAUCAAGCUCUUUGGAGAGUUUAAUGAAAGAAUAUAUGGCCAAGAAUGAUGUUGUGAUUCAGAGCCAAGCGGCAUCCUUGAGGAACCUAGAGAUUCAAUUGGGGGAGCUAGCUAAUGAUCUAAGGAAUAGACCACAAGGAACUUUUCCUAGUGAUACCGAAAAUGCAAGGAAGGAUGGUAAGGAGAAUUGUAAGGCAGUUACAUUGAGGAGUGGUAAAAAUAUAGAAUUGACUGAGGAGAAUUGUAAGAGAAACAGCGAGCCCACUUCAAUUCAAAGUAAUGUGGACAAGGGAGACAAAGCUGAUAUUUUAACUAAGAAGAGGAGGCUUGGUGAAUUUGAAACAUUAGCAUUGACUGAAGGAUGUAGUGCUGUAUUGAAGAAUAAAAUUCCUCCUAAAUUGAAGGAUCCGGGAAGCUUCACAAUUCCUUGUUCUAUUGAAGGUAGAGACGGUGGUAGAGCACUUUGUGACUUAGGGGCUAGUAUCAAUUUGAUGCCCAUGUCAAUUUUCAAGAAGUUGGGGAUUGGAGAAGCAAGACCAACCACAAUCACUUUGCAAUUAGCGGAUCGUUUGAUGGCACACCUGAAAGGAAAAAUUGAAGAUGUACUUGUACAAGUUGAUAAAUUCAUUUUUUCGGCUGAUUUCAUCAUUCUUGAUUAUGAAGCGGAUAGAGAUGUUCCUAUUAUCUUGGGUAGGCCAUUUCUAGCUACCGAGAAGACCUUGAUUGAUGUACAAAAAUGGGAGCUUGCUAUGAUGGUGAAUGACCAACAAGUGACUUUCAAUGUGUUCAACGCUAUGAAGUUUCCUGAUGAGAUUGAGGAAUGCUCUAGGCAGAGUCUAAUUGAGUCUAUUGUCGCUGAAAAAUUCCACAAGGAAGCUUUUAAAGAUGAAGUUGGGCUGAUGUAA